AUGCCUCGCUUUUUCAAUUUUUUUGUUUGCACUAGUAGCCUUAGUACAAAGUGCAAUGAGGCAUUAGGCCAACAAUUAAAUGGAAAAUUAAAGCUAAAUGUGUCUGGUGGCUCAAAACGCCGUUGGUCUUUGAGAAAAGAAAAGUCAGCAAUUCCUCACAUUUUUGACAGCAAAUAUCAAGAAGAAACGGCAGAACCCACGGGCAGACUCACCAGUCAUGCCUUUAAUUUGAGCGAAUCUGAUGAUCCCUGCUCUAUAACUGGAUCCAAAGGUAUUAAUCCUCAUUGUGAAGAAAGUAAAAGCUCUACGUUGUCGUCCGGAUCUAAAAUCAAAAAAAAGAAACAUUCUAAGCCUAUUUGCCAACCAAAGACUCAUCCCGUUGGCCGGCAGCAUUCCACUCCAAUUGAGUCCUGUAAAAAUACCUUUAUCACUGGAUGUGUCUCUUUAUCAUCUUCUGCUGAUAUUCAUGAUCCUUACUCGCGUCAGGAGUGUAUGGAAAGAUGUUCUUUAUUUGGUAUUGCGCCUGAUGUAAAUGCGACAAUUGGACAACGACGUUUGCAUUUUAUGUCAGCCCGCAAGCACCAUCUAAUUUCUGGAUCGCAUUCGGUGUCUUGUGAGGCGAAAUCAGAAAGUCCAGGUCCUGUAGCCAAUCACACGGUCUACCAGACGCCGCCCCUUGGCGGCUCCUCAGAUAGAACCAGUUCGCCUCCAGAUUCUAGCUUUACACGCACCAUUAACAACCCAGAGGCCAUGAUGCGAAGGAAGCGACAACGAACCUUAGAGGCCAAAUUGAUCCAAAUAAUGCACAAAGGUGGACCAGACAUGGGUAGGAAUUCAGAAUAUCCCACUGGCUUUUCUCUAAAUCUAUUAGAAUUGGUUACUAGUAAUAUAGAAAAUCAUCUCUCUAGAUCUGUUAUAAACCCAUAUUUUAAUAGCUUUUCUCUUAUUUAA